AUGACAACCAGUGUAGAAGGGUCUGUAGCAGGGGUGAUUUCUACAUCAAUGUAUAUAGCAUGUAAUAAAUGCAACAAAAAGAUACAAAACGAUAAUUCGUCCGAAAUUAUCACAUGCAAUUAUUGUAACAUGCAACAGUUGGCAGGCCUGUGCCCAACACAGUAUUAUGCACAAUUCUUUUUUCUAACCACACCAAAGAAGGACAGGUUAACUCUUACACUUUUUAACAAAGUUAUCUCACAGUUGUUUUCAACAGAAGGUGUCAUUAAUCCUUCUAAGAACGACUUUGUAAAGGUCUUACUAGGCUUAAAAGACAUAGUAGUAACGUACAAUAAACGUUCCAAAGUAGUCACUAACAUUCUCAGACCCCAUAUUUAG